AGAAGAAGGAGACGAGGAAGAAGGGGUGGCGGCCGUGGCCGUAGCAUUACGGUAAUUACCAGCGUCACAUGACGGAAGUGCCAUUGUGUUAUAGCUCUUGGCAGGCUAAAGCUAAUCUAGCCGCUGUAGCGUAACGUUUCACAUCUCCGACGGAUUUUCUACCGGCAGCGCCCUGACUAAUGUCAACAAAUAUGCCAACGGACAAUCUGAAUCUCGAGUCACAGCUUUUAUCCAUCAUGGACGUGCUGGUGAAAGCGGCGGUGCUGGAAAUAAACCAGCUAUUCUCGGAGAGCUCAGCGUCCCUACGGCUGCACCUGAGCCAGAGUUUGAGGGACAACGAGAGCCUGAGGAUGAGGAUGAAAGCGAUGAGGAGCGAGAUCUUCUCCCUCCGCCUGCAGACCAGGAGCAAUCGGCCGGCCAGCCGUUUCUCCAUCUUCCGUGCUAAUGUGACUAAAGCCCGGAGCAAAACACCAGUUGUCUUAAAGCCUCCAGCAACACAAGAAACCUCUCCCAUCUCUUUGCACCUGCCGGUCAAGACCUCCCCUCCUGAUACAAAAGAGCAUGCUGUUGAAGAGAUCCCUGAUGUCAUCCUGAUCAAAGAUGAAGAGGAUACUGGAGGAUGUGAGCCAAGUGAAAGUCAGGACACCUUCCUGAAUCCCUCUGUACAGAGUGAGGUUGCCACGGGGCCACAGAACAUAGAGCCUGUGGGAUCUUCUUCUCUGACAGGAAGUAACAAGGAGCUGAGAAUCAUCAGCGUUUGCGGACGAGGACAAGGGCCUCUCCAGGACGAGAUUGAAACCCUCUUUGCUCCAACCGAUCAGCAGGUUUUUAACUCUCAGGACCUCACAGUCACCCAAGACGGUUUCCUAAAUGUCUUUCCCAGUGCCAGUGAUCGAGCCCCGCUGAAAACUAGCCAGCUGGACAGACUUCCCUCAUCUCAGACAACCAUAUUAAGAACAGCCGACAGUACCGGAGGACAUCCCAGUCACAUUGACCAGUUCCCCCAGCAGUUGAAUGCCAUCUUUCCAUCUCACACAGUUAACAAAUCUUUAGAUUGCAACUUUUGUGGCAUGCCCUUCCCCAGUCGCGAGGACUUGAUGGCACACAAGGCCACUCAUACAGGGGAGCUGCACAUUUCCUGCGCAAUGUGCGGCAAGUCAUUUGCCAACAAGACCACGCUGGGCAUCCACAUGCGCAUACACACUGGAGAGAAGCCGUACGCUUGCUCACUUUGCGGGAAGCGCUUCACGCAGAACGGCAGCCUGAAGAUUCACCUGAGGACGCACUCCGGGGAGAAGCCGUACUCCUGCUCCCAGUGUGCGGCCAGCUUUAACAACCCCAGCAACCUCCGGAGGCACAUGAUGACGCACAACACUAACGGACCGCUCUGACCGCGAUUCGUGGAAAAGGAUCUUUUAUAGUGCCCUGAAAAAGUGUUUGCCCUCUUCCUGAUUCCCACAAAGACAACCCAAGUAAAUCUAAAAUUUAGUUUCUAAAUGAUUUUAUUCAUAAUUGCGGAAGAAAAAUACAAACUCCUCUGGCUGUAUAUGAAAAAGUUUGUGCCCAAACCUAAUGACUGUUUGUUUUGGUUUGGCUUACCAAUCAUGUGUUAGCAAUUUUCUCAUUUUGAGAAUAAUUGCCUUUUUGGCGUGUGGGACUCCGGAGGCAGCUGACAGGUGCCGGCCGGCCAAGCGGAAUACAGCUUCAGCGGUCACUUAAGCAAAAACCCGGGCGUGGGAGGAGUUUAGAGAAGCCAGGAAAACAACUUCCGGUCGGUUUUUAGGAAAUUUUGGUCCAACAUCCGGCACCUCAGGACGGGGAAGCAGUGCACUAUUAACACUGUGGAAAGUGGAGAUGGGGCGCUGCUGCCCUCAACUUGGGUCGGUGGGGAUAACACAUCGAAGACCUCCUUAAUUCCAACAACACACUUUCCAUUGAGGAAACAGAACCUGGAGACUCUGAGGUGGACUCUCCUAUCUCUGGGGCUGAAAAAACCGAGGUGGUCAAAAAGCUCCUUGGUGGCAAAGCAAUCAUUUUCAAAGGGGGCAAAUACUUUUUCGUGGGACGGUACUUUGAUAUGGCACUGUGAUCUUCCUUGCGUGUUUCGCGAACAUAACUUGUUCGUUUAACCUUUGUUUGAUACGCUUCUCUUUUGGACAGAUGGGGAUUAGAACAGAGACCAAACAUUACAUGAUAAUAACGCCAGCAGUAGCAAAUAAGCCAUCAUCCUGUUGUACUACAGAGAAAUAUAUCUUUAAUGCUGAAAAUGACCUAAAGCCAGCCAAUAAUAUCACUUAUGAUUACAUUUACUUUAAGUCUACUUUAUGAUGCUACUGUACUUACCUCACCCCAAUGAUGGUUGAAUCUUGUAUUGCUACAACAUUGUGCACAACAGCACACGAUAUUCAGAAACACCUUAACUUCAUUGUUACCUCUGCAAUGUGUUAUUAGAUUGCGGUGCUUUGUAAUUAGUUGUACAAAGUACUUUACAUAAUAAUAAUUGUUCCAUCAAAUUCAGACAAAAUUCCACAUUUGAAUGAAACAUUUACUCCCUUCCACUUUGCACCUCUUACAAUAGCUGAUCAGUCAGGUUGUGCAGUUUUAAAAUGUAUAAAUCAUGUCGACUUAUAAUUUUAAGCAAGAAAGUCUAAUUUAUAUUUGAACUGUUUGCAUUACACAUCUAGCAACAGACAGGUGACAAAUAGCAUUUGGCGGUUUGCUUAUGGGGUAAUUUAUAUGUUUUAACCUACCUCUGUUGUUGUUGAACUUGUCCUUACUUUGUGUACUUUUGUACUGUUCUUUCCUGUAGUUCCUACUGGAUAAUAACUUAGUAGCUUUGUUGGCUAAACAUAAAUAAACAUGUUUCUUUUU